AUGGCCAACUACAAGGACCACCCGUGCAUAAGACCAUGUAAAACAGAUUAUCCAAUGACAUGUGAAUACAACUUUACAGUUGAAUACUAUUAUACUCUUACAAAGUCUUGUUACGACUGUCCUUACAAUACAACAGAUUGUGAACGACCUCAUUGUGUUCCAGCGGAUGGGAAUCAAAGGGGAAUAAUCACUGUGAACAGGAUGUUACCUGGCCCUGGAAUUCAUGUAUGUUACAAUGAUACAAUAGUUGUAAAUGUUCAUAAUAAGCUGGAGGGUAGCGAAGGAACAUCUAUACACUGGCAUGGUAUACACCAGAAAGAAUCACAAUUUAUGGAUGGUGUAGCCAUGGUAACACAGUGUCCAAUACUACCAUACACUUCAUUCCAGUACAAAUUUAAGGCAUCGACACCAGGAACACACUUUUGGCAUGCUCACUCAGGAUUACAGAGAUCUGAUGGAUUCUUUGGACCGUUAGUCAUACGUCAAACCCCUGAACAAGAUCCACAGUACAACAUGUACGACAUUGACACACCAGAGUAUACAGUAAUCAUUAACGAUUGGUUAACAGAGCUGUCAAUCAACAAAUUUGCCCAUCAUUAUCUUGCGGAUGGUGACAAUAAACCAGCAUCAAUGCUAAUAAACGGAAAGGGAGCAUUUCAAAAGUUUACGGCGUCUACAGGAAGUGAAGUCUACACGCCAUUUGAAGUUUUCACAAUCGACUCUGGUCGCCAAUACCGCUUUCGACUGAUCAGUAACGGUCUACUUUAUUGUCCAAAACUAAUCUCUAUUGAUGACCACAACUUAACAGUUAUAGCUACGGACGGAACUCCAGUCGAACCAAUAGAAGUGGAAAGUCUGGUAAUGUACAACGGAGAGCGCUAUGACGUCAUCAUAAACGGUGAUCAGCCGGUUGACAAUUACUGGAUGAGAGUAGUAGGACUUGCAGACUGCGAAGUGAAAAAUGCUUCUCAGCUUGCUAUAAUAAGAUAUCGAGGAGCCAAUGAGACUGACCCCUCGGAAUCAAGAUUUCAUGAUGAUGGAAAAAGAGAUGGAAAGAUACUGAACCCAUUGAAUACUAAAGAGACAGAGACACUUAUUCCAGUCUCCACUUUGGUAUCAAAACUUGACGAUGAUGCAUCCCUUAAAGAUAUUCCCGACAAACGCUUUUAUUUGGCGAUGGACUUCUACAAUAUUAGCAACUACCGAUUAAAUGAUAUGUACCAAAUGCAUGACCAUAUCCAUUUUACGCCACAGAUUAAUCACAUAUCUAACAUUUUACCACCAUCACCUGUAUUAUCGCAAUUUAAUGCCAUUCCAAAGGAAUUAUUGUGCAAUCCAGAGACACUGAGUAAGACAACUGACUGUACCAAUGAGUAUUGUGAAUGUGUACAUGUACAGAAAGUGUCACUAGGAGAUACAGUAGAACUGGUGCUGAUUGAUGAAGGGCAUACAUAUGAUGCAAACCAUCCCAUGCAUUUACAUGGGAAUUAUUUCCGAGUAGUUGGGAUGGAUAGGCUUGGAUCCACUACAACUUUAGAGGAAGUAAAAAAACUAGACGACCUUGGAUUAUUGAACAGAAAUCUUACAAAACGGGCAGCUAAAGACACUAUAACUGUACCAGAUGGCGGGUACACUAUUAUCAGGUUCCAUGCUACUAAUCCAGGAUUUUGGUUUUUUCACUGUCACAUAGAAUUUCACGCAGAGAUAGGUAUGGGCCUAGUUUUUCAAGUUGGCGAACUCCAUGAACAUCCGAAACCACCACUAAAUUUUCCAAAGUGUGGAUCAUGGCAUUAAGUGGAGGGAUCGUUCACUGUAAGAAUUGUCUAAACUGUAGACCAUUGAGACGCUUUAGUUAUGC